CAGUGUUCAGAAGCAAACAAUUCCUGUGCUCCUGCAAGGCAAAGAUGCUCUAGUGAGAUCUCAGACUGGUUCAGGUCUUCCAAUUUUCUCCCUUUUAAAAAGGUAAAACUCUUGCCUAUGGAAUUCCACUUGUACAGUCUUUGCAAGGAAUGGAAUCCAAAAUACAGCGCAGUGAUGGGCCUUAUGCGCUCAUACUAGUCCCAACGAGAGAGCUUGCACUCCAAAGUUUUGAUACAAUGCAGAAACUACUUAAGCCAUUUGCCUGGAUUGUGCCUGGAGUGCUAAUGGGGGGAGAAAAGAGAAAAUCUGAAAAAGCCAGAUUACGUAAAGGGAUAAAUAUCCUAAUUUCAACUCCUGGUCGCCUGGUUGAUCACAUCAAGUCCACAGAAUGUAUUCAUUUCCGUCGCACUCAGUGGCUGAUUAUUGAUGAAGCAGACAGGAUCCUGGACCUGGGCUUUGAGAAGGCUGUAGCUGUGAUACUCAAUGCUUUAAAUGCCGAGAGAAAGACACGUCAGAAUGUCCUGCUCUCAGCCACCCUCACAGAAGGAGUAACGCGACUGGCCGAUAUCAGUUUGAAUGAUCCCAUCAGCAUUUCCAUAGCAGAUGAAAUCCAGAAGGCACUCAAACCAGCAUCACAAACGGGUAGACAAGCCAGUAGUUCAUCAAACCACAUGGACCAGGAAAACUUUGCUGUUCCAGAGAAGCUCAAGCAGUAUGUCAUGAUGGUCCCCAGCAAACUGAGGCUUGUCACGUUAGCAGCUUUUAUCCUUGAGAAAUGCAAGUUUGAAAAACACCACAAGAUGAUCAUCUUUUUCUCCAGCUGUGAACAAGUGGAAUUCCACUAUGAGCUCCUUCUAAAUGUCCUUUCAGGAGGGCUAGAAUCAGAACAACUUGAACAUUCAUCUGUCUCCUCUGCGCACUUACAGUUUCUACGACUGCAUGGCAACAUGGAACAGGAAGAAAGAACAGAGGUCUUCCAGGAGUUCCUAAAAUCCAAGACCGGCACGUUGCUUUGCACUGAUGUUGCAGCACGUGGACUAGACCUGCCUCAAGUUACAUGGAUUGUACAGUAUAACGCUCCGGCUUCACCUGCGGAAUACAUCCACCGGAUCGGGAGGACGGCUCGCAUUGGCUGUCACGGGAACAGCCUGCUUGUCCUGGCGCCUUCGGAGGCAGAAUAUGUCAGCUUGCUGGCUUCUCACAAGAUUAACAUUUCAGAGAUAAAGAUGGAGAAGGUAUUAUCCAGCCUGAUGAAAGAUGAUCGCUUCAAGUUGCACAGACCAGGAAGAAAGAAAUCCUGUGGCACGGACCCUCAGGAAGUCCGGGAGCGGGCCACAGUCUUGCAGACAAAAUUUGAAAAUUACGUUCACUCCAGCGAGGGGACUGUCCAGUGGGCAAAGAAAGCAAUGCAGUCUUUCCUUUGUGCCUAUACCACCUAUACCAGGAACCUCAAGCACAUCUUCCACAUCAAAUCUCUCCACCUGGGUCAUGUGGCCAAGAGCUUUGGUCUGAGAGAUGCCCCCCAGAACCUGACUGCUCUUCCAGCUGCAGGCUCAAAGAAGAAAACCAAACCAAGACCAAAAAGGUCUGACCUUCUCAAGAAGACCCACGGCAAACAUCGCCUUGCUGAGAUCUUGCGAUCUGAAUAUUCCAGUGGGAUGGACACUGGUGUAUCCAAGGUCAAGAAGAAGCAAAAACAGAGAAAACCUGGCAACCAGCAGAUUCCAACAUAAGCCGGGACCUUCCAGUCAUUGGCUGUAAAACCUGCUUGAGUGCCUCAGCUGGGGGUCAGGGUGACCUGCCAAAUCAACUGAGGAGUGUUUCAAUUUAUCAGGCAAAUAUGGGAGGGAUCUUGGGGAUCUUGGCCUCCUCCUCUUCAUUCCAUAGGUCCAAAUGGAAUCGAAUCCAGGCGUGUCCUGUUGCACAGCUGCAAUUAAAUGUGGCUUCCUGAAGAUGCACCGCGUUUCUAAGGUGGUUUUUGCAAGAAAAAUAAAAAGGUUAAAUAUGGUUUUCAGAGAA